UGUUUAUAAUGAAGUAUUCGACUUAAUUGUAAAACGUGAAUGGUUUAUUAAAUUCACGAGUGCACACUAAUCCGAGUGGGGGUGAAUGCAUCACGCGCGAUGCAUCACGGGACCUGUCACUCACAAGACAUCCACGGCACUAACAUUAUGUCACCUGGUGGGAGGCGACGGAGAGCACAACUGUGUCCUCUUUCCACAUUAACUUUUAGUCACUUUUUUUUUUUUUUUAAAACGUUCUUAUGGCGACACUCAUUUCCGUUAUGUGAAAUCCGUGAGUCGCGGAAGUUGAGCGACGAUGAAGCAGUUUACUUAUCGAACCAGACAAAAAUUCCCAAAAAGAAAAGUCCCGUUGGUUAUUAACAAGUCGCCAUGUUUGUUAUCCAGUGAUGCUACGAUAGCUGACGAAAGUUGACUCUCCUUCCGCCCCUCCGCUGCUGUCAUGUCCGCGGGGAACGGGCCCGCGGACGCCGGUGGGAGCGGGUUGCUGCGAGGCGGCAGCGGCGGCAGCCUUAGCAGCAGGUCCUACGGCAGUCUGGUCCGGUCCGGUCUUUCCCCGGUUCGACGGAGACACGUCGAACACCGCAUCCAGCCCGGCGAAACUCUCCAAGGUCUCGCCCUCAAAUAUGGAGUCACCACAGAGCAAAUCAAAAGAGUCAACCGGUUGUACACCAAUGACUCCAUUUUCCUGAAGAAGUCCUUGACCAUCCCUGUCCUGUCGCACUCGGACGCUCACACUGGCGCUACCGAAGCUGACGAUGAUGUGGACGAAGGUGUCUGCUUGGGCACCGAUGUGCUCCGUACUGAUAAAGUGGUGACGGCGAGCCCCUCUCGCGCCGCCGGAGAAUUGACGGCGAGGGACUUCUUCAGCCGAUUGGACAGCUUCAUCAACGAGUCCAAGCAGGCGACCGCCAGAAGAUGGCCGGACGCAGAGAAGAGGCUGGCCCACCUGGAGGAGGUUUGCUGCAGCGGGACGAGCGAGCGUCCGCGGUCACUUUCCGGGAAGCGCCAGCGGCCGGAGCCGCCCGCCGCCGCGGUGCCCGUCACCACCACCAAGCUCACCUUGAAGCUGAGGGAGCGGGAAGACGACAUCUUUGAGUUGUGACGUGACCGCCCUAACGUAGUGUGACACUGAAGCCUGGUAUGCUUUUGAAUAUAUUCUUAACACUAUUUAAUCCAUCUGUACAGAUGCAUAUGAAGUAUGUAUAAUAUCAGGUAUACACAAGUGUCAUGUUAGCGGUCAAGAAACUAAACUUAUUCCCUCCAGCAACUGAAACUUUUGAUAGAGAACACUAGUGAUUUAAUUCAUUAUUAAUUCAAAUUUAUGUCUUGUCAAGAGAAAAGGCUGUGAUUAUUUUGUAACUUUUGUAAGGUUUAUUAAAUAUUUUGUUUAAAAAGAA